AACAAAACUUACACAAUGUGGCAGAUAGCAAUAUGUUUGCUAGUAUCACCGAUUGUGGUUCAUUCCUUUGAUGGUGUGCAAUGUGGUGAUUAUAAAUGCGUUAAUGACGUAAACGUAUUUUGUAAUACGACUACCAAUACAUGUCAAUGUAUGGCCGGUUAUAUUGGAAAUGCCCGACUUAGGUGUGUCAACGACACAAUGCAUAUUUGCACAAUGAUGGGUGAUCCACACAUCAGAACAUUCAAUCACGAGGACUCUUCCAUAUAUAUACCAUGCACCCAGAUUCUGGCUGAAGGUACUGUUCCAAGAGCAUUUCCAGCGAAAAAUUUCAACUACCGAAUAACAGCCAUAACCAAAGAAGUUUACCAAGCCAGAUAUGCGUCACAAAUAAUGGUUAUUGCCCUGAAUAUUGAACUAUUUACUUUUGAAAACAACCUAAUAGUGUUACGCUGUGACACAAACGGUUGUUGGAAUAAUGCUGCUCCCUAUCAGAAGAUUACCGAUUAUGCCGAUCAAUCAUUGAUAUUUAACGUUACGCGUGAUGCACCAAACGGCCAAACUGUGGUUUAUGUUCAAGGGUACAGAGUCGAAGUUAGAUUUCGAGCUGAAGACGGCUCUGUAACUAUCGUAAUUCCACCAGAUGCAUCGCCUAAUCCCGCGAAUCCAGGAUUGUGUAACCAACCAAUCGAUCCCGUGACAUACAACGCUGAUACAGCUGCAGGACUAUCUCUGGAAUACAGCGACUACAUAUUCUACGUUAAUAUUGGAAACAUCGAUAAUAAUUUCGAAAAUGAUGAUCAGUGUCGGACACUUUAUAGCGAACCGUGUGACCCACAAGCAACAAGACAGAGGGAUUCUGUGAUAACAUGUGCUGAUAUCUUUACUAACCAAGCCACCAAGGAAUGCUACUACAGUUACAGAAACCAGAAUGGUAGUGCUGUGUUGUGGGAUUUCAACAGGUGCCAUGCAGAUCAUUGUAGUUUAAACGUUCCAACUGAAUAUUGUAAUAAUGUUGCUGCUGCUUGUGGAGUUGACGCUGUUCCUACUGGAUGUCCUCCUCCUCCUGGUAAAUAACUCCAAGGGGACAUUUAAGAAUGAAUAAAUAUUAAUAA